AUGUCUCAAAAGAUCACAGGCAAAACUUUAUCGUACGACACGUCUUUACCACCAUUCCUACAGGCCUUACGAUCACAGAAUGGCAGUAGUGACCAGCCUCAGACAACGGGUCAGAGACGCGCUGCGAAGAAGCGCUCGGAAAGCGAGGACGCCGAAGACGUUCCAGUCGUUGUCGAUGAGGAUGGCAAUAUUGUGACGGUUGAGGUUGAUAAAGAAGGGCAGGUGAAGCCAGGGGAGGCGCUCAACCCAACGACUGUGCAAGGCGCUGAAAAGGAUGGGGUGGAGGAAUCAAAGACGGAUGCUGAGACCGCCAAAGCUGCCAUUAGAGGCCGGAAACGCAAGGUAGGCAGGCUCAUCGGUGACGCUGGGAGCCCUGCGGAACAGGACGAGAAGGACGGGGCAAAGGACAAGGUCAAGCAAGAUGAGGCGCCCAAAGCCAAGAAACCCAAGAAAGCACAAAAAAUCAAGCUCAGCUUUGAUGAUGAAGAUUGA